UUCAUCUCAAACCAAUGGGCGAACCCAUCAAUUCUUUCCCCUCAGGCCUCCUACCAGACGAGACCUCGCCGGAGUGGCUAAACAAAGGUGACAACGCAUGGCAGCUCACCGCGGCUGCCAUGGUGGGUCUUCAAAGCGUCCCCGGCCUAGUGAUCCUCUACGGCAGCAUGGUGAAGAAAAAAUGGGCGGUGAACUCAGCUUUCAUGGCGUUAUACGCCUUUGCUUCCGUUUUAUUAUGUUGGGUCAUGUGGGCACACCAACUCUCCUUUGGCGACAAAUUUACAGGCAUCAUGGGCAAACCUAAUGUCGCUGUGACCCAAAAGUAUCUACUCGAAAAACAAUACGAUAAAAUGAUUCCGGUAGCUGAUUAUGUGUUUUAUCAGUUUGCAUUUGCAGCCAUAACUGUUAUAUUACUCGGUGGUUCAUUGUUAGGGCGGAUGAACUUCUACGCUUGGAUGCUUUUUGUGCCUUUAUGGCUCACUUUCUCAUACACCGUAGGUGCUUACACGAUCUGGGACAAAGGGUUUCUUUCCCGACAUAUUAUUGACUUCUCCGGUGGUUAUGUUAUUCAUUUGUCAUCUGGAGUUGCUGGUUUCACUGCCGCUUAUUGGGUGGGGCCUCGGAAUCCAAGUGAUAGGGAGCAUUUUCCACCGAACAACAUAAUCCACAUGAUGGCCGGAGCUGGGUUUCUUUGGAUGGGUUGGAGCGGAUUCAACGGCGGAUCACCACUGGCGGCGAAUGAAAUCACCGCCCUUGCGGUUCUAAACACCCAUCUUUGCACCGCUACCAGCCUCUUGGUUUGGAUGUUCUUCGACUUGAUCUUCCACUCCAAAAGCUCGGUGAUUGGCGGAGUUCAAGGCAUGAUGACUGGUCUUGUGUGCAUCACUCCGGCUGCAGGAGUUGUUGAUACUUGGGCAGCGAUGUUUAUGGGAGUGUUAGCUGGAUCAGUGCCAUGGUACACCAUGAUGAUUCUACAUAAAAAAUCGGCAUUUUUUCAACGUGUUGAUGAUACUUUAGGGGUGUUUCAUACGCAUGCAGUUGCGGGUGUUUUGGGAGGUUUAUCUUCGGGGAUGUUUGCUAAACCGAACCUUAUACGAAAGUUCUACAAAACAGAGCAUUCAGAGUCGCAACAAGGUCCGGGGUUGUUAUACAGCAUAGUCAAUGCUAAUGAGGUUGUUUAUGCGAAGGAUGGAUUCAAGCAAAUGGGGUACCAGAUCCUCGGAGCAUUGUUUAUUGCUGCGUGGAACGUUGUUGUAACGAGUCUUAUAUGUAUAUUUGUUAGUCGAAUAGUUGACUUGAAGAUGCAUGAAGAUGAUUUGGAUAUUGGAGAUGAUGCGAUUCAUGGUGAAGAAGCUUAUGCGUUGUGGGGAGAUGGUCAAAGGCAUCCGCCGUUACGUUCACUUACGCCUAAAUUUCCUGCAUUUUUUCGACGGGUAUAAUUAAACUAGAAAUUUAAGGUUUUUCACAAGAAAUUUAAGGUUUUUCAGUGUACACAUGCAA